AUGGAAUGGAGGAUGUUCAAGAUCACCCUCAUUUCAGCUCGAAAUCUUGAUGUACGGGAAACACAAAAAACGAAGGUUUACGCAAAGAUUUCAAUUGCAGGCCAUCCCAACACGGAGAAAAGAACCCCAGUGGACAAGAAAGGCGGGGCCAACCCAGCAUGGAACUUCACCACUACAUGCAUGAUAGGGAAGCAGGCUGUUGAACAUGAUGUUGUUAAGCUUGAGAUCAAAUUAUACCGCAGCCGGGCCCCUGGAGACAAAUAUAUUGGGAAGGUAUGUGUAUCGUUCAAGGAACUCUUUAAUCUGGAAAGGACACUUUGGGGUCGUCUGAGAACACUUUUUAGUUGUCCAAAGGGAGCUGGAGUUGGCAAGACAGUGAAAUACUCGGUGAAAAAAAAUGGUGGUUCUGAUUCAUCAGGAGUGCUGAAAUUUUCAUACAGAUUUGGGGAAGUAGUGAUUGUUAAUCAACCAUCCGGACAUGGAAGUACUUCGCCGUUGGUAGCCCAGUUGGUGGUGCUGUUUAUAAGAGUUGUGAUUGCAGCAGCUCUGUCGAUUGAUAUUCCAUUUUCUUGGGUAGGUGUUUAA